AUGGCUUCGAAGGCAGCUGCCGUGAACUUCCACAAGAUCCUGUCGUCGGGCAUCGGUAAGGAGACGGGCGCCCAGCUCGCUGCUUUCCGUAAGCGCAGCGAGGAGGCUCGUCGCGCCCUGAACCAGCUCAAGGCGCAGCCCGUGACGGUGGACUUUGCCGCCUACAAGGGUGUGCUCAAGAACCAGGCUGUGGUUUCGCAGGCGGAAAAGAUUGUGAACGAGUUCAAGCCCGUGACCUACGAUGUGAGCGCGCAGGUCAAGGCGAUUGAGUCGUUCGAGUCUGUGGCGGUGAAGCAGGCGCAGGAGAGCUCUGCGAAGCUCGAGGCUGAGCUCAAGGAUCUGAAGGAGACGCUGAGCAACAUCGAGGGUGCUCGUCCAUUCGACCAGCUCUCUGUCGCCGACGUGAUUGCCGCCCGCCCCGAGAUUGGCAAGACGGUCGACGAGAUGGUCAAGAAGGGCAAGUGGACCGUGCCUGGCUACCACGAGAAGUUUGGCAACCUGGCCGUUAUGUAA